AUGGGGUCUCAUCCUCCCAGUCCAGUCAGACAGAGUCAAGGGCUCUGGCUACUCUCUUCCUCAUUAAGAUCUCUUCCCUUUCUCUCCCUCUGCACCCUCCAGGUGUCCUGCAUCUCCCCUGAAGGCAGGAUGACAGAGCACGAGGACUUUGCCAGCCUGGCUGGGUACUGGAACGCCUCGGACAGCUCUCAGUUCAGCCCCGCCAGUGUCAUCAUCCCAGUGGUCUUCUCCCUCAUCUUCCUCCUGGGCACGGUGGGCAACAGCUUGGUGCUGGCGGUGCUGCUGCGCAACGGCCAGAUGGGCCACAACACUACCAACCUCUUCAUCCUCAACCUCAGCCUGGCCGACUUCUUCUUCAUCAUCUUCUGCGUCCCCUUCCAGGCCACCAUCUACUCGCUGGAAGGCUGGGUCUUCGGCUCCUUCAUGUGCAAGGCCGUCCACUUCUUCAUCUACCUCACCAUGUAUGCCAGCAGUUUCACACUGGCUGCCGUCUCAGUGGACAGGUACCUGGCCAUCCGCUACCCACUGCGCUCCCGGGAACUGCGGACCCCCUGCAACGCGGUUGCUGCCUUGGCUGUGAUCUGGGGCCUCUCUGUGGUCUUCGCUGGUCCGUACCUGAGCUACUACGACCUGAUCGAGUGGGAGUCCAGCUACAUCUGCAUGCCCGGCUGGGAGGAGUGGAAGCGCAAGAUCAUAGACACCAGCACGUUUGCCUUUGGCUACAUGAUCCCCGUGCUGAUCGUCAGUCUCUCCUACACCAGGACCAUCAAGUACCUGUGGACGGCCGUGGACCCCCUGGAGGAUAUGUCAGAGUCCAAGAAGGCCAAGCGGAAGGUGACCAAGAUGAUCAUCAUAGUGACCAUCCUCUUCUGCCUGUGCUGGCUGCCCUACCACGUGGUGAUCCUGCGCUACCUCUAUGGGGACUUCCCCUUCAACCAGGCCACCUACGCCUUCCGGCUGCUCUCCCACUGCAUGGCCUAUGCCAACUCCUGCCUCAACCCCAUCGUCUACGCCCUGGUCUCCAAGCACUUCCGCAAGGGCUUCAAGAAGGUCUUCAGCUGCCUCCUGAGGAAGAAGGCCCGCAACAAGGUCCAUGUGGUGCACGCUGCCCACACGGUGCCUGGCUUUGAGGCAGGCUCCACUGAGGUAUCCCAGAUGAACGAGGAGCACAACGGGCAGCAGGACGGGUGCGAGCUGGAUGCAGGAUCCCUCAUGGUCCAGUCAGGCUCCUCCAGGCCCCUUCACCUCUCCUAGCAGCGAGGCUCCAUCCUCUCGGGCAGCCAUGCUG